AUGGAAAAUUCUAGAAACAAAUGUGAGCAACCGAGAAACGUCUGCCUGGGGCUCAUCAAUGAGGACCAGUAUGGAUCUUUCCACCUGGAGAACACUGCUGGCUGCUUCACAAAGUGCACGCAGUCAGGGAAUGAACCCUGUGACCUGGAAAACUUGCAGAGGUACUGGCUGAAAUUCGAGUACCAUCUGCUGGAGAGUCAGUCGGGCAUAGUGAAUGUUUUUUUGAAGGCUGCUGUCCAGAAUGUCAGCACCAACAUCUCAGAAGACCUCCUCUUCUCUCUGAUGCCCUCCCAGGUUCCAGGGCAGGUGACAGAGGAUGAGCGUGAACACCCCGACAGAGUCCGGCUGCCCAGGAGCCUCUUUGUAUCCCUGCAGAGCAACAGGUCGGAGGUCUCGCUGGCCAUCACUGUCCUGGACAUCGGUCCGGGGAAUCUCUUCAAGGGCACCCAGCUCAGCUUGGAGGAUGGCAGCCACGUGUUGAACAAUCGCGUGGUGGGCUUGAGUUUGGGCAGAAUACCUGUCAGCAGGCUGGUUGAGCCUUUGGAGAUCACCUUCUCCCACCAGCGCCUACCCCCGAACAUGGCCCUCAGCUGUGUGUUCUGGGAUAUGACUCAAGGGUCAGCAGGAGACUGGUCUUCCACGGGCUGCUCCACGGAGCCCAGAGCCAAGAGGACUGUCUGUCGCUGUGACCAUCUGACCUUCUUCGCUUUGCUGCUGAAGCCGAUCUUGGACCGGGCCACCGUGCAGUUCCUCGUUCGCAUUUCCCAGGCUGGCUGUGGAGCCUCUAUGAUCUUCCUGGCCUUUACCAUUGUCCUCUACGUUGUCCUAAGGUUCUACUGGCAGAGGUUCAAGUCGGAAGAUGCCCCCAAGAUCCACGUGGCCCUGAGCAUGACCUUGUUUCUCCUGAAUCUCGCCUUCUUCUUCAAUGUGGGGUACAGCCACAAGCAGUCAGACGCCACCUGCCGGGCCUGGGGGGCUGUCUUCCACUACUUCCUACUCUGCACCUUCACCUGGAUGGGCCUGGAAGCCUUCCACCUCUACCUGCUCAUCAUCAAGGUCUUCAACACCUACUUCGGGCACUACUUCCUGAAGCUGAGCCUCGUGGGCUGGGGCCUACCUGCCCUCAUCGUCUUUGGCACCGGGAGCGUGGACAGCUAUGGCCGGUAUACCAUCCGCGACAAGAGGAACGCCACUGUGCUGGAGCUGUGCUGGUUCCAGGAGAAGGCAACUGUCACCGCCCUCUACAUCACCGUCCACGGCUACUUCCUUGUCACCUUCCUCUUCGGCGCCGUGGUCCUGGGCCUGGUGGCCUGGAAGAUCUUCACUCUGCCGAGAGCCAGAGCACACAAGGGGCAGGGACCGAACUGGAAGGGGGUCUUCACUGUGCUGGGCCUCUCGAGCCUGGUGGGUGUGACCUGGUGGCUGGCCAUCCUCACGCCCCUGGGCCAGUCCACCAUCUAUGUCUUCGCGCUCUUCAACUCCCUGCAAGGUGUCUUCAUCUUCUGCUGGUUCACCACGCUCUAUUUCCCCAGCCGGAGCGCCGGAGCCUCCUCUUCUGGCACGGGCCAAGUCAACCAGGUCCACACCACGUCUCACGAAUAG